UGGCGAAUAUCUAUCAGCUAUGUCACAAGUGAGUGUUACAUUGAAGAGAUAACUUCAAGUAGGUAACUGAAAUUACUUAAGUCUCCUAUAACAGGCAUAUAAUUUUUUUUUUUCUUUUUCUUAGCAGGAAAUUCUUUUGUACUACUGCUCAGUCACACUUGUUCAUCAAGGUCUUUGAGUCCUCAAGGGAAGAAUUUGCAUAAAGAUGGAAACUAAAGUACAAUUGUUCUGUCAGGCAGAAGAAAAUAUUGACUUAGUGGAUGCUGGCUCUGAUUCUUUUGCAACUGACUUGCCAUCAAGAAAUAUUUACAGCAAGAAGUACGUCAAGUUUUCUAAAACAACAGAGAAGAAAAUCUCACCAUUAAUUUCACCUGAAAUUAGGGGUUUGAGCCCAGAACACAAAAAAACGUAUGAAACAUCAGUAUUCCUAUGUGAAGAAAAAUACUCUGACAAAACCAGGAGAAAGAAAAGUUUACAACUGCAUAGUAAAAGGACUGAGAUUAUCUCUUCCUCUGUGAAGCUAUCAAAGGAGAAGAUAACUAAGAAAGAAAACUCUUUAUGUAAGUUGCCGAAUCAGUACAGAGGUCACGGGACUUCAUCACCCAUAAGAAAAUCUUCAACUACUGGGAAAAAGGAAACACUUUCUAACCUCUACCAGACACUAUAUGAUGAAGUACCCUGCGGACGCUUAUACUCACAAGAGCUAAAUGCACUUCAGAAAGCCUGUAAACUUUUUAGUAAAAUUCAAAAUGGUAAGAUUUAUGUGAAUGAUCUGCCAAUGAUCCUGUGCACCUUGAAGAUUUCAAUAAAUGAUUCAGAAAUGCGACAGGCACUGAAGACUAUUUAUAUUGAUGCAUUCCAGGAUGCCUUGAAGAUAUUCUGUAGAAUAAAACAUGGUCAAGUUGCAGCUGAUGAAUUAGCUCCAGUUUUAAGUAGUAUGAAUAUCUUUGUAGACCCUGAGACUGUUCAAGAGAUGAUAAACUAUACCUUUGUUGACAGGAACAACAUGGUGGAUAUGGGAAGUAUUAUAUUUAUGUUGAAUGAACUACAACAACAGUAUGAGGAUGUUUCAAUUAUGGAAGAGUCGGACCUGGAUGAAACUACUUCAAUUAGAAGGUUAUCAAAACUAUCUCAGCGUUCUGUACAAUUUAAGAAGGCAGGCAGUUUACCUUCCAGACUGUCUGAGAUUUCAAUAACUCAAAAGUUAAACAGAAAAAUCCUCCAACAUCAUAGUAAAAUUAUGGAGAAUAAUGAUAACCUUGGAUUUAAAAGUCCAAAAAAUACUUGGCAAAUAAAAAAAAUUCUGGAAGAAGUUGAUAACAGUGAUGUAGGAUCCCAGGAACCAUAUUCAAAGGAUGGGACAAACCUCAAAAAACAUUCAGACAAGGCUGAAAUUCAUGACUUCAAGUAUAAACCACAAAGCACGAAGAGUAUUUCAAACUUCAAAAAGUCUCUGGAUAAAAGUGAUAUUUCUGGAAAAAGUGAUGUUUCUAGUAUUCCAAAAUUAAAGAAGCCAGUUGUAAGAAGGCGUUCCAGCCUCCUCAAACAGAUUUCAUCUAAGGAAAAAACUGCAGUUGAUACUCUGGAAAAUGUCUGUGAAGCUGUCCGUAAACUCAAAGAAAAUUACAUUGCUGCAGAAGAACUUCAGUCCAUUUUACCUUCAGUGGGAAUUACUUUAUCUGAUAAAGAGUUUCAGAAGAUUGUGACAGACACUACCAGAAAUGAAAAUGAAAUGGUGAAGUUAGAUGACUUUAUGAGUGCUCUUGCAAAGGAGCGAAGUCUUCCCGAAUGUGCUGUAUUGCCUGAUGUCAUUAAAGCCAUUGAUAAAAUUAAAGAUGAAAAUGUCGAUUGUGAGGAUUUAAAAACUUGUCUUCAAAAUUUUGGAGUUUAUCUUUCUAAGUCGGAAUUUGAGAUGAUCAAAGAUUUGACUCAAGUUGAUGAAAUGAGAAAAGUAAAUUUUAAAGAAUUCGUUGAUAAUAUGAUGAACAACACGAAACGCUUCUCUGAAAAAUUACCAUUGCCUGAUGUUAUCGAAAACCUCAACAAUCUCAGCAAAGAGAAUAUGAAUGUUUCUGACCUGUGGAACAUUCUGUCCGGUUUGAAUAAUAAUUUAAAAAAAGGUGAAUUCCUAGCUGCACUGAAACUAGCACCAGUUGAUGAAAGUGACAAAGUACAAUUUAAAGAAUUUGCAGAAGUGGCAAAGAAUAUACAUGAUGCCUCAAGAUUAGAUGAAUUAAAGGAGGCUGACUUUGCCCUCAAUUUGCUUGAAGGUGACAUGGUAGCUGGGAAGAACUUGGAAGACUUCCUAAGAAAUAUUGGGAUUAAGUCACCUAAAGAAGAGGUAGAGAAAAUUCUUCAAUCAGAUUUUGUUUCUGAAAAUAACAUGGUGAAUAUUAAAGACUGCAUGAGGGCUUUAAGGGACACCCAGAAAUUUUCCAAUUUUAUGGAUUUUAGGAAAGAGGUUGUGUCUUCAAAUCUGAAAUUCCCAGAUGAAAAUGAGAUUAAAAAAACAGCAUACAUUCUAUCACAUGUUGAUAAUGGCAGAAUUAGUAUACCUAACUUGGAGCAUGCCCUCAAAAAUUUAAAUAUGAAUUUAACUGAGGAGGAUUUCAGUGAAGCUCUUAAACAUUGUGACAUCAGCGAAAAUACGGAGGUGGAUUUAAAAGAAUUCUUAAUGGGACUGAAAGAAAUUCCAUGUUUCAGAAAGUCCAUAGGGAGACUGUUUCAACAUCAACAUCUUUUCCUACCACCCAAGUUGUCAGAGAACGUCCACCAAAGAAUGCUUCACAGACACAGACCUCUCAAUGAUGCAUUUUUUAAUACUUGGUGAAACAUGUCUUUUUUCCUGACAUUUUCCACAUUUUCAUAUUUCUGAAAUGAGGAUGUGUCUUACAAUUGAUAGUUUUUUAAAAUCAGAUACACAUUUUUUAUUGAGAUGAAUGCACGUAUCAUAAAUUCGCCCUUGGAAAGUAUAAAAUCCAGUGGUUUUAGUGUAGUCACAAAGCUGUGCAACUAUCAUUACUGUCUAAUUCCAGAACAUUUUCAUUACCCUAAAAAGAAACCCUGUAACCAUUAGCGGUCAUUCCUCCUUCUCCUUUCCCCCAGACACUGACAACUACUCGUCUACUUUUUUCUGUGUGGAUUUGCCUAUUUUGAACAUUUCAUAUAAAUGGAAUCAUACCGUGUCACCUUUUGUGCCUGGCUUCUUUCACUUAGCAUAAUGUUUUCAAGGUUUAGCAAUGGUGUAUCAUUUAUCAAUACUUCAUUGCAUACCCCCCCAACC